AUGUCCAACAGAACAACUAACCAGGAGGAUGCUGCAGUGGAGUUCUUGGUGGACAAGAUCACCAACAAUGAAACUAACAUCAGUCAAGCUAUGGUAGUUAGAGAAUAUAGAAAGAUCGGGGAAGGGGCUUUUGGUACUGUUGUUCAGGCUCAAUUGCAUCCAUAUGAAUCAUAUACUCAGAAAGACUCUGACAAAUGGGCAGGCCCCUUUGCGAUAAAGCGCGUACCAGCACAAACUGAAUAUAAAUCGAGAGAAUUAGAAAUAUUAAGAAUAACCAACCAUCCAAAUGUCAUCAAAUUGAUGUACUUUUUCAACUACAAAAGUCCACAGGAUCAUAAGGUGUAUCAGCACUUGGCAAUGGAAUGCUUGCCAGAAACAUUACAGUUAGAAAUUAGAAGAUUUACCAGUGUUAAGCAGUCAUUACCUUUAACACAUAUCAAAAUAUAUUGUUACCAAAUAGCCAGAGCAAUGUUAUACUUGCAUGCUUUGGGGAUUUGUCACCGUGAUAUAAAGCCAUCAAAUAUUCUUGUCGAUCCAAAAUCAGGGGUAUUGAAAAUUUGUGAUUUUGGAUCAGCGAAAAGAUUAGAACCAAACCAACCAUCGGUCGCUUAUAUAUGCUCGAGAUAUUACAGAGCUCCAGAAUUAAUCGUUGGAUGUACCAUGUAUACUACUCAGAUCGACAUUUGGGGUCUUGGUUGUGUCUUGGGUGAGAUGUUUUUGGGUAGAGCUGUAUUCCAAGGGUCGGAUCCAACUUUGCAAUUGAGAGAGAUUUCUAAAUUGCUUGGCCCUCCAGAUAAAAGAUUCAUUUUCAAUUCGAAUCCAAGAUAUCCAGGACCGUUGUUCUCAAAGCCUUUGUUCACCGGUAAGGUUAUAGAUAGAUUCCAGAAAGUUUUCCCAAAUGCCACAGAUGAAGGGUAUGAUUUAUUGUUGAGUGUUCUCCAAUAUGAUCCUGCUAAGCGAGCUACCCCAGUGGAGAUCAUGGCUCAUUCAUUCUUUGAUGAACUAAGAAGUAAAGAUUUUGUGUGGUAUGCUAGAGGCUCUGGAGAUGUUGCUUCACCAGCCCCAAGUUUCUUCAAUUUCAGUUCAUUUGAGUUGGAUCUCAUUGGAAAGUUAUUGCCUAAGAUCUAUCAAUUUCAACAAUAG